GGAUAAAUGGAAGUUUUGGCCAUUGGCUUGCUCCGUUGAGGCUGCUGCUGUUGCUGGUGGUUUGGUGAUUGGUGCAGGGGGAAACUGCGUCGCCAGGUCUGAGAGGCUGGGGAUCUCGAGUCAUUAUAACAGAACCUGCUUUUCAAGAUAACAAGGUUUCCUCUCACGUUAUCAAAUGAUUACAUAUUUAUUUCUUUAAAUGAGCUGCCACAACCUCCAGCCCGUCAGCUCGUCUUAACGCGUCGGCGUUUGGAUGCGGUUUGUUUUCUCCACGGCUCAACGUCUCUACUCGUUCAGAACAUGAUUUAAUGUUUCGAGGAAUUUCAACAGGGUACCAGUCUAUGACUACCCAGGAAUCUCUUCCUCUUUUCAUCUGCAGGCGAGCAUUACACUCUCAAGAAAACACAUAAAGACAGAGAUUACCGGGAAUUUCCUUGACCACCUUACAGAUGGACUAAAAAAGAAGCAUCUGUUUUCGGGAUUUUAACUCUGUUUGCUCUCACUCAGAGAGCCGUAGUUUUUCUCUAUUUUGGGGGGAAAUAUUUCUGGACAUAAUGAAAGUUAUAUCGGCUGUGUUGCUCGUUGCCGUUUUUUGGAGCCAGGAGUGGAAGUCGACGCUCUCGGAUUCAAUCAUCCACAUCGGUGCCAUCUUUGAUGAAUCAGCACGGAAAGACGAUGAGGUGUUUCGUCUUGCUGUGGCAGAUCUCAAUUUAAACAAUGAGAUCUUGGAGACAGAGAAGAUCACCAUCUCUGUGGAGUUCGUUGAUGGGAACAACCCUUUCCAGGCUGUGCAAGAAGCCUGUGAGCUGAUGAACCGUGGAAUCCUGGCUCUGGUCAGUUCAAUUGGCUGCAUGUCGGCAGGCAGCCUUCAAACUCUAGCCGAUGCCAUGCACAUCCCCCACCUCUUUAUCCAGCGCUCCCCAGCGGGAACACCCCGUUCUGCCUGCCCACCCACCAGUCGAGUCCCUGGCACAGAUGACUACACCCUAAUGGUUCGCCCACCUGUUUAUCUCAAUGAGGUCAUCAUGCAAGUGGUAUCUGAGUAUAGCUGGCAGAAGUUUGUCCUCUUCUAUGAUUCUGAUUUUGAUAUCCGUGGCAUUGAGGAUUUCCUGGACAGUACCUCUCAGCAGGGAAUGGAUGUAUCUCUUCAGAAGGUGGAAUCCAACAUUAACAUGAUGAUCACGAGCCUGUUCAGAACAAUGCGCGUGGAGGAGCUGCAUCGCUAUAGGGAUACACUGCGCAGAGCUGUGUUGUUCAUGAGUCCAGCCACGGCCAAAGCUUUUAUUACUGAGGUGGUGGAGACAAACCUGGUGGCCUUCGAUUGUCACUGGAUCCUGAUUAAUGAGGAGAUCUCAGACUAUGACUUACAGGAGUUAGUCAUGAAGUCAAUCGGACGACUGACGUUGGUGCGCCAGAUGUUUCCAAUGCCCCAGAACACAACCCAGCGCUGUGUCAAACACAACCACAGGAUUAACACUUCACUCUGUGACCCUAAAAACCCUAAGGCUCAACAACUAGAGAUCACCAACCGCUACAUCUACGAUACAGUGUUACUGCUGGCCAAUACCUUCCACAGAAAGUUGGAGGACAGGAAAUGGCACAGUAUGGCCAGUCUGAGCUGCAUCAGGAAGAACUCCAAACCGUGGCAGGGAGGCAAGAGCAUGCUGGAUACUGUCAAAAAGUUCGGGGUGAGUGGCCUGACCAGUUUCUUGGAGUUCACUGACAAUGGCACCAACCCCAAUAUCUUCUUUGAAAUCCUGGGCACAAAUUAUGGAGAAGACAGAGGACGAGGAGUCAGUAGGUUAGCCACAUGGGACCCGGUUCAUGGAUUGAAUGGCACUCUGACAGACAGGAAAUUGGAAAACAACAUGAGGGGAGUUGUGCUACGAGUUGUGACUGUUCUGGAGGAGCCAUUUGUAAUGGUGUCAGAGAACGUUCUUGGGAAACCAAAGAAGUACCAGGGCUUUUCCAUUGAUGUCCUGGAUGCUCUGUCCAACUACCUGGGCUUUAAGUAUGAGAUCUAUGUUGCUCCAGACCACAAAUAUGGCAGCUUGCAACCUGAUGGUCAGUGGAAUGGACUGAUGGGUGAAUUGGUCUUCAAGCGAGCUGAUGUGGGACUUUCUGCCUUGACCAUCACGCCUGAGCGAGAGAGCGUUGUGGACUUCACCACACGCUACAUGGAUUAUUCUGUGGGCGUUCUGCUGCGUAAGGCUGAGCGCACUGUGGACAUGUUUGCCUGCCUGGCACCCUUCGACCUGUCACUGUGGGCGUGCAUUGCAGGCACCGUGCUCCUCGUUGGCAUCCUGGUGUACUUGCUCAACUGGCUCAACCCACCACGGCUACCCAUGGGAUCUGUGUCUUCAACAACACUGUAUAAUUCCAUGUGGUUCGUGUAUGGCUCGUUUGUACAACAAGGCGGAGAGGUGCCUUACACCACCCUAGCUACCAGGAUGAUGAUGGGUGUUUGGUGGAUGUUUGCUCUAAUUGUCAUAUCCUCAUAUACUGCCAAUCUAGCAGCUUUCCUCACUAUCACACGCAUCGAGAACUCUAUACAGUCUCUACAAGACUUAUCCAAGCAGACAGAAUUGCCUUACGGUACGGUGUUGGACUCCGCAGUUUAUGAUCAGGUGCGCUCCAAGGCUAUGAACCCCUUUGAGAGGGACCCCAUGUACUCUCAAAUGUGGCGGAUGAUUAACCGCACAGGAGGAAGCGAUAAUAAUGUCGAGGAGUCAAAAGAAGGCAUUCGCAAGGUGAAGUAUGGCCGGUUUGGUUUUGUGUGGGAUGCAGCAGUGCUGGAGUAUGUUGCUAAUAAUGAUGAGGAUUGCUCCUUCUACACCGUCAGCAACAACGCACCAGACCGUGGAUAUGGUAUCGCCAUGCAGCAUGGCAGCCCCUACAGGGACAUUUUCUCCCAGAGAAUCUUGGAACUCCAGCAGAAUGGUGACAUGGAUAUACUAAAACUCAAGUGGUGGCCCAAGGACAGUCCCUGUGACCUCUACAGCUCAGUCCAGACACGACAGCGUGGCAAUGCCCUUGAUAUUCACAGCUUUGCUGGCGUUUUCUGCGUCCUGGCUGCCGGCGUGGUGCUUUCUUGUCUCAUUGCCAUGGUGGAAAGCUGGUGGUCACGAAGGAAGGGAUCCAGGGUCCCCUCCAAGGAGGACGAUAAGGAGAUCGACCUGGAGCACCUACACCGCCGGGUUAACAGCUUGUGCACCGAGGACGAAAGCCCCCACAAGCAGUUCUCCACCUCUUCCGUCGAUUUAACACCCCUUGACAUGGAUGCGCUGCCUGCUGCCCGCCAGGCACUUGAGCAGAUCAGCGAUUUCCGCAACACCCACAUCACCACCACCACCUUCAUCCCUGAGCAGAUCCAGACCCUAAGCCGUAGCCUCUCUGCCAAAGCCGCCGCUGGAUUUUCUGCUGGUUUCGGUAGCGGUGGCAGUGGCGGGGGUGGCCUCCAGGACCACCGGACUGGUGGAGUGGGCCCUUUCAGGCAGAGGGCCCCCAAUGGUGGCUUCUUCCGCAGCCCCAUUAAAACAAUGUCCUCCAUUCCCUACCAGCCCACAGGUCCAGGACCCAACUUUGGCUAUGGCAAUGAUCCAGACAGGGGCACCUCCAUUUGAGGAGCCGCUAAGGAUAUGGUUGUUUUGGGAAGAAGAGUUAUAUGGAGGAGGAGGCAAGGUGGUUAUAGUCAGUCGUGUGUGGCAGAACAGAUAUGUUGCGGCUAAGUUCAAAAGUCAAAGGAUGGAGAUCUGUGUACAUAGAAAUCUUUCUGUUUUCAGUUUCUGCUGGGGUAUUUCCAGGGGUGUCUAUUUUAUACAUGGGGAAGACAAAGGAGGUGGAGGUCUGUUGGGGUUUUCCUCAUUUGUGCAAACCAUGUU